UCUCUAAGGAUCGUCUGGAUUUAAGAUGUUUUUCUUACUAACAAUACUGGCGCUAGGCGUGGUAGCGGCUGAUGUGAGAGAUGUUUAUUAUCAACAGCAAGUGUACACAACAGAACCUAUUCCCAUAUUAAGGCAGGAACAGAUAAUAAAUCCCGAUGGCUCUUAUAGAUGGAAUUAUGAAACAGCUAAUGGUAUUGCAGCUGAAGAAGAGGGAGUAAUAAAAAAUGCUGGUAUACCUGAACAAGAAAUUCUGUCUGCGCAGGGGCAGUAUCAAUAUACAGCGCCUGAUGGACAAAUUAUUCAACUACAAUACGUAGCCGAUGAAAAUGGUUUCCAACCACGCGGUGCCCAUUUACCGACACCACCACCAAUCCCAGUGGAAAUCCAAAGAGCUUUAGACCAUCUCGCCACACUCCCCACCCCGGGUCAAGAACUUAAUAGAAUAAGAAUUUAAUUGGCAAUUUAUUUAAACAGAAUUUAUCUGUUAUAUGUUUUUACUGUAGAC